CUAACUUUUGUUUGAAAGGUGGAGUAGUAUUUCCUUCCAGAGAUGAUCUCACAGGAAUUAUCCCUUUUCUCUUUUUUACAUGCAGUUUUUUUUUUUUUUUUUUUUUUUUUUAAUAUUGAAUUUAUUUAUUUAUUUUUUUUAAAUGUUUAAGUGUUUGCAUUGGAGGUGCUACCUGCACACCACUGUGGUGACACUUGACCCUCACUAACUGCUAACCAUCUGUAGGAUUAUUACCGCUCUCAACAGAAUUAACAGCAUGUAGCCUAAACCGAUCUAAUAUUACAUCUGGACCACUUUCUGAUGCCCUUUAUAAGGGUUUAUAAGUUGUAACUAAUGGAUUUAUCAAUGAUUAUUAAUUAAAUUAUUUAUUAGGCCUAUUGCUUGAUAGAUUAGUUAUAAACCAUAAAUAAGAUCUAUGGGGUUUCCAGGAUGUGGCUGGUCUCUAUUUGGUGAUAAUCCAGAAAUAAUUCAUGUAUAAAUGUUCAGGGAACUUUCUAAUAAACCACCAAGUCUCCAGUUAUAAAAGUUAAUGAUUGCAUUUAUAGUAACCAGUCAAAGAGAUUUAUCACAACUUGACACCCCCAAAAUCGUCAUUUUAAAUGGUUCUUCUAAAUCUUUACUGAACGAUUUAUAAACGGUUAUUGAAUUCAUUAGUGACAACUCACAAACCUUUUCUAAAGAGUGGCUUAUUAGACAGUGGUGCACUCAGAUGAUUAGUUGUUUAUUCUGAUAACUGAUUAAUGAGCAGAAUGAAGCAUGAAGCAAAAACGUUGGUUCCCGCCUUUUCUUUGUCACAUAUGUUAGUGAACUGAAUGUCUGAGGUCUUUUGAGGCUGCUAGUCGGAUAAAACAAGCAAUAUGAAUGUGUCACCUCGGGCUCUGGAGAACUAUCAUAAGCAUUUUAUAGACAAAACAAGUGAUCAAUCAGUCAACAAAGUAAUACGACAACAAUUAAUGGCAAUAAUUACUUGCAGCCAUAAAGAGCUGAGAUAUUGAGCUCCUCUCUGAUGCACCUGCAUCAAAAAUAAGUCAACCUGAGCAACCGUUUGCUGGUAAAAAAUAUUUAAGCCUUAUUGAAACUUAGCUGCAUUUGUAUAUAAAAAAAAAAAGAAAAAAAGAAGAAGAAAACUCUGGUGGUAAAAGUGGCACAAGUAAUGCAGUUUAAAUGUUUAGACUGACAUCUGUAUGCAGAAAGGAACCUGCUGAUUGGAAGGACUCUGUAUAACACACAUCACCAAACAGGAUGAAUGAACAGCAAUAGUCAUGUAGAGCACAUUGCUGUCAUAAAUAUUUUCCUGGUGAAGUGUAUCAUUCUAAACAGUGACACAGAGAUGUCCCGCAGCAGUCAAACUCCUGAGCCCGCUCCCGAGAGGCAACAAGCCUCCAGGAAGUGAACCUGAUCCCCCACCGGCAUCAUUAGAGAAAUAUUUUGUGGGGUUUACUGUACGCUCGUACCCCUGGACGUAUCGUUUUUGUUUCUGUUGGCUCGCAGACGUGGACUGUGUUAUGCCUCCGCUAAGCCAAACAGACUUAGGAAUGGUGAAGUGUGCCAAAGCACGCAAUGCAAAAUGUUAAAAAAAGAAAAAAAAAGAACUUCAUACGGGGUUGAAAAGAGAAGCUAUGGAAAGAAAGGCCUUCAGAUCACAACGGAUGGCUGAACCUCGCUUUAAUAAUGCCUAUUUCUGGCCUCCACCUCCUGCGAUGCCUGGCCAGCUGGAUAACCUAGUCUUGAUCAAUAAAAUCAAGGAGCAGCUGAUGGCGGAGAAGAUCAGACCGCCGCAUCUGCCCGCCGCCUCAGCCCCUUCCCAACAGCCCUUACUGGCUCCCCCGAGUCAGGUAGAAAGCGGCCUGCACGGGAUGUCCAAAGCCCAGCAGAUGCAAGUUCUCCACAGCCACAGCUCAUCUCAGCCUGAUAUCGCCCUGCACGCCCGCCCCGCCUCCAGCUCCGUCACAGGUCGUAUUCUUGGGGACGUAAACUUGAAUCUGGAUGAUAAGGCAGCUAUAAAAGCCAGAGGAUUAUGGGAAGACUGGCAUUUGCGUCAACUCAUAGAUCAUCCCUCCAGGACAAACCACGUCUCAGGUGUGGCGCUGGCAUCCAGAACAGGCAACCUCAACACCUCAGAGAUCAUCACUCCCACCACGCCCACCUCGAGCAACCACAGUCGGCUGGGCGGAGCUCCCACCCCUCACAUCAUCUCAGGGUUAGCCUGCGGCCACGGGAUGGAGCCUGGCAAGAAUAGCGGGGGUUUUGUGGGACUCCUUGGGCCUCCUCCAAAGGACGAACGAGGCCGUAAGAAGAUCAAAGCAGAGAAUGGGUCUUCAUUGUUGGUGGUGCCCUACCCGAUCCUAGCCUCAGGCAAUGACCAGUCCUGUGUUACCAUCACUGCCAAAGAGGGAAAAACCUACAGGUGUAAAGUGUGUCCGCUGACUUUCUUCUCCAAGUCAGACAUGCAGAUUCACUCUAAAACGCACACAGAGGCGAAGGCUCACAAGUGUCCUCACUGCACUAAGACCUUUGCGAACGCAUCCUACCUGGCCCAGCACCUGCGCAUACACCUGGGCGUCAAACCUUACCGCUGUUCCUACUGUGAGAAAUCUUUUCGCCAGCUGUCCCACCUGCAGCAGCACACCAGAAUCCACACAGGUGACCGGCCGUAUAAAUGCUCGCAUCCAGGAUGUGAAAAAGCUUUUACACAGCUAUCUAAUCUGCAGUCUCACCAGAGGCAGCACAACAAAGACAAACCCUUCAAAUGUUCCAACUGUUACCGUGCCUAUUCAGACUCCGCCUCGCUGCAGAUCCACCUGUCUGCACACGCCAUCAAAAAUGCCAAGGCCUACUGCUGCAGCAUGUGCGGCAGGGCCUACACCUCAGAGACAUACCUUAUGAAGCACCUGGCUAAGCACACAGUGGUGGAACAUGUGGUAUCCCAUCAUUCCCCUCAUCACAGGACAGAGUCACCCACCCUCCCUAUACGGAUCUCCCUCAUCUGAGCUCCUGACCCGUCUCCUUCCCCUCCCGUCACAGACAUUUCCUGUGAUAUUUCCGCGUCCCUCUGAUGGACUUUGAACCCAUAAGUGGGUUCCAAAAAUGUGCCAGAUUGUUCUCGUAUCUUGUGAAGAGGUGCUCUUUUGAUGAGAAUAUCCUCCUUUCCUUUCUUGCUGACCAGAUAGUAUUAUCGGGGACAUCCAAAGAUGAUUUCUCAGCACUUUCAGGCCCGGAAAUGACAGGCCUAAAAUUUCUUUUUCUAUGUGACAGAAAAAAGGUAUUGCUCUAGGCAGCUACAUGGAGAAUCUUUUUAAACUUUCUGCGUUAUAACAGAUUACUUUGUCUUUUUUAUAUGGUCCUUUACUUUCUUUAAUGAAGUCUUUGCAAAAAAAUAUAUAUAUUUAGAUCAGAAAUAGUCUUCCGUUAGCCGGGUGGCCAACUGAACAUAAAGGUGAAUGCUUAUAUGAUGUGUAUUCAUGUAUAUUGUGCCACUUCUUAUGUCAGUGUUUGAAAUGUUUCACCAACCAUGUGGCCAUAAUGCACACAUACAUCAAUGUGUUAACCUCUUUAAUUUCCACCCUGCUGCCAACAUCACCUUGACCAGGAUGUGUGACACAUAUGGAUGGGUUUUUUUUUUUAAUUACAGAUAUAUUCUGCAGCAUUAUAAAAAUAUGCUCAAGGCAAACACAAGUAUUCAGUUUCAUCUGGUCAAUAUGGUCAAAUAUAUAACAAUUGGUCGAAUAUGUAACAAUUUAUAUGCCAAAUUCAUCACAAUGAAUGAUGCACUUAUGGUACAUUUUUGUCUACUUUGUAUUUCAUUGGGUGCGUAAAUAAAUAAAUGUAGUCAUAAUGUGACUGAAACGUUACACCACCACUCUGCUGCUGCCACACAGACAUAUGUGUUUGUUUUUUCCUGAAAAACAUUAAUAAUGAGGUUCCUCUGUUGGUUUUUCAGAUAUAAUGUGUAAUUGAAGCAUCAAUUCGAUUUGAAUAUUCAUUUUUCUAUUGUUUCAUGAAUGAACACUUUUCCAUUUUGUAUGCAUUUAAGCCUUAACUUUGUUACAACUCUAGGAUCCACUUAGUUGUUUUUAUCACUUUACAUUUUCCUUUUACGUCAUAGCAUGAUAUACACUGUAAAUAAACUAUAAUAACUGUCAGCCUGUUUUAUAAUAAAUAAUUCUAUAAUUA